CUCCUGCCGCCCAGGUGCAUCGAGGAGCGGUACAAGGCGGUGUGCAGCGCGGCCAGGACGCGCUCCGUCCUGUCCCUCGGCGUCGCGUGUUUCAAGCAGCUCCCGGAGAAGUCCGAGAACACGUACCUGUGCCAGAUCUACAACCUGACGCUGCUCUGCACGGAGGAUUACAUCGUGGAACCGCAGUCGGUGCAGUUCCUGGUGCAGCACGGCUUCGACUUCAACAAGCAGUAUUCCCAGGGGAUCCCUUACCACAAGGGAAAUGACAAGGGCAAUGAGAACCAGAGCCAGAGCGUUCGGACUUUUUUCCUGGAGCUCAUACGAGCAAAGAAGCCUCUCAUUCUCCAUAAUGGCCUGAUCGAUCUGGUGUUCCUGUACCAGUGCUUCUAUGCUCACCUCCCGGACAGCCUCGGCACCUUCACCACUGACCUCUCAGAAAUGUUUCCAGCAGGACUAUAUGACACUAAAUACGCUUCGGAGUUUGAGACUCGCUUUGUAGCAUCCUACUUGGAGUAUGCUUACAAGAAGUGCAAGCGAGAGAACUGUAAACUGAAGGACUCCAGCGGUCAGCACCUCACCAUUGAGUUCUGCAACUACCCUGCCAACAUGUCCAUUUACAUUGACUAUCGCUACUGCUCUCUGGAAGAAGAAAACCACAAUGUGGGAGGGGGAGAUAAGGUGCCUGCCUAUGGCUGGUGCCCAAAAGGGGUGAAGUGUCCACAUUCUCAUAACAUAGACCUCAUAAUCGAUGAGGACGACAAGCUUUGCGAGAAGAAGCAGAAGAAACGGAAGCAGAAAUGGAGGCGUCGGAAGAACAUAGAAGAGCCUGCAAAGGAACAGGAAAGCUCAGGGAAAGAAGUGGAGCUAGUUCAGAAUGGGGAGGAGGGACCACCACAAAAACGGGGCUGCUAUGAGCCUGCAGCUGCCACAGUGCUGGCAGAGAUCACACCCAACUGUGAGGGCAGGCCACUGGAGGAGAACAUGGACAUGGAAGCAGAGGUCAGCUCAGAUACCAGUGCACAAUGGAAAGAGGAUCUGGGGAGCACAGAAGGAACUACUGCCCAGGCAGCAGCUGUUGUGAGCCCUUCUGCCAGGGGAAAUGCCUCUGACAGUGACCAAGCAGAGGGGAAGUCAGAUGUUCCCACUGGGAUUGGCUCAGUCAAUCACUCUGACCUCCCACAGACUGAAGCAGUGUGUGCUGCAGAAAAGGAAAAGGAAACCCAUGGUCUGCCUUCACAGGGGGGCACACACCGAGCUGGCUUCGAUGCGUUCAUGACUGGCUAUAUCAUGGCUUAUGUCUGGAUGCUCAAGAAAGGAAAAAACACAGAUGCUGAUGCAGAGUCCUGGUUGCCAGACUGCCAUAAUAAACUGUACCUCAGUGGGAAAUCGGUGCCUCUUCAAAUAGUGAAGAGCUCGUUUUCCAAAUCUUCCAAAGCUCACAGCCAGAAGAUGAAGUUGGCCUGGAGCAGUGGAUAG